AUGGACAAAUUCAAGCUCGGCACAUGGCUUGGCGCCGGCUCGUCUCUCAAUGCUGUCGAGGGGGAGGGGGAGAAGAAGCCAGAGAGCCCCGCCUCGUCGCCGUCAAGACUGACGCAACUUGCCAAAAAGAUAGCGUCGGAAACUGAAAAGCUCGAAAAGUACAUGAUGGAAAACAACCUGCCGAUGCCCACCUUGGACCCCAGCGGGCCCGGCGAUUUCCCCAAGCUCCCGGACGACAUUCAGAAAAGCCGCAUGGAAAUAAUCUACGCCACUAGAGAGCUUGAGGCUCUGGCCCACGGACCUAGAGAGGAUGUCAGAUGGAAGACCUGGAGUUAUCAAGACAGUCUCAGUCUUCAACUUGUGAACCACUUUGGCUUGGCGAAGCUUGUGCCCGUUGACGGCACCAUCACACUCGCCGAACUCCAGUCCAAGACUUCACUAGAUCCCGUCAACGUAGCCCGCGUACUUCGUCAUGUCAUGACGAACCACAUAUUCUGCGAGCCCGCGCCUGGUGUUAUCGCUCAUACGGCGGCGUCACGGCUCCUGGCCGAAGACCAAGCGUUACAGGACUGGGUUGGCUACAAUCUCGAGGACAACUUCCCGGCUUCUGGGCAUGUCCUGCAGGCUCUCAAAACAUACCCGGAAGCGACGUCGCUCACGCGCACUGGUUUCAACUUCGCGUUCGACACGGUGGACAAGGAGCCGAUGUUCGUCACAUUCGGCAAGGAUCCCGCCCGCGCCAAGCGUUUUGGCGGCGCCAUGCUCAGUCUCACGGGCGGCGAAGGCUACGAAAUCAAACACCUGGUUGACAACUACGACUUUGGCGAUAUCGACGCCAGGGGGGGGACUUUUGUGGACGUCGGUGGCAGCCACGGCUUCGUGUGCGUCGACCUCGCAAAGAAGUGGAGGAACAUGACGUUUGUCGUGCAGGAUCUCCCGAAGACGGUCGAGUCGGCGCCGAAGCCGAUAUCCGACGACGCCCAGGUCGCCGAGCGUAUCAAGCUUGUGGCGCACGACUUCUUCAAGGAGCAGACCGUCAAAGACGCCGAUGUCUACUUCUUCCGCUGGAUCAUCCACAACUACUCGACGCCCUGCGCGGUUUCCAUCCUCAAGAACCUCGUUCCGGCGCUGAAGCCGGGUGCCAAGGUCGUCAUCAAUGACCACUGUCUUCGCGAGGCCGGACAGGAGACGCCGUGGGACGAGAGGGUCAUCCGCAGUAUGGACAUGGUCAUGCUGGCUGUGCUGAACGCGCAGGAGCGCAACGAGGCCGAGUAUCGAGAGCUGUUCAAGGCGGCAGACGGGCGAUACGCCUUCAAGGGGGUGACGCGGCCGGCGGGUUGCAGGAUGAGCAUCAUCGAAGCGGUGUGGGAUCCGGAGGGCAGCGAACAAGGGGCGGACACGGAGGCAGGGCCGAAGGUGGUAGAGGAGGACUAA